CGAGGAUGAAGAUCGAACGGCCAGAGCAGCAGACAGAGCAGCAGACCUAGCCGUAUGGCGCACGUGUACUAGUCCGCAAACAGCACAAGUCCUCGCAGCGAACAGCCGCACGAGUCCUCGCAGCGAACAGCCGCACGAGUCCUCGCAGCAGAGAAGCAGCUGCCGUCCAUGGAGGACAUCGAGCGCCAGCUCGCGGCGGCGACCCUGCGCGCGGUGAGGCGCGAGUCCGAGGAGCGCCACAGCCGGCUCCAGACGCUCGCGCCGACCCCUCGGCGGCAUCAGACGCUCCGGCCGCGCACGCUCUCGAGCAAAAACUCCGGGCGGCGGUCCGUCGUCGUGCAGCGCGACGUCACGGCCUUGACGCCGCUCACGCGCGAGAUCGAGCCGCGGAGCUUCGCGGAGUGCGCCUACGAGCCGCCGCGGCGCGGCGCGAACGACGAGGAGCAGAUGGCCGGCGCGGCGCGCUGGGAGAUGCUCGGCACGGACGAGGUCCGGGCCUGCGUGCUCAAGCUCUGCGCCGACGACAUGGGCGCGCUCGUGUGCACGCACCGGGCCUUCGCGGCGCCGGUCGAGGAGGCCGCGCGCUACCUGCUCUCGAAGACGCGGGACGCGCCGGCGCCGCGGCGGUGCCGCAUCUCGAACGCCUUUUGCGAGCCGGCGUGGCGCGCCUUCAAGGCCUGCGCGCGGUACCACCCUGUGUGGAAAUCAAAAAUUUACGGCGCGCUCGUGCUGAAUCAUCGCGUCGUCCUCCACGCCAUCGACGCGACGCCUGCUCGAUGGCGUGGCGAUGCCGGUUCCUCGCCGCUCGACCGAGCCAUGUCGGCCGCGUCAUCGCCGAUGCACCCGACACACUGGUUGAUUUCCACACAGGUACCACCGCCUCGACGCGCGGAGCACCGUCGCGGCCGGCGGCGCGCACUCGCUCCUCCUGGGCGCCGGGGACGACGAGGACAACCUGAGCGUCUGCGGCCGCGGCACGUGCGGCCAGCUCGGGCUCGGGAGCGGCCGCUGCGACGUGACGCGGCCGACGAGGCUGGCGCUGGGCCGGCGCGUCGCCAGCGUCGCGGCGGGCGCGCACCACUCGCUCUGCGUCUGCGACGACGGGAGCCUCUGGGCCUGGGGCAAGGCGGCGGACCACCAGCUGGGCACGCGCGUUGACGACGUGAUGGCGCCGGCGCCGGCGCGGGUGCGGCUCGAGGGGGACCUGCGGGCGCGGCAGGUCGCGGCCGGCGCGGCGCACUCGCUCGCCGUCGACGCGGACGGGGGCCUCUGGAGCUGGGGCCGCAACGCGCACGGCCAGCUGGGCCACGGCACGGCGCGGCCGUCGCCGGCGCCGCGGCGCGUGCUGCCCCUGCGCGCGCGGCCCGUCGUGCAGGCCGCGGCCGGCGCCUUCCACUCGCUGGCCGUGCUGCGCGAGGGCGCGCUCUACGCCUUCGGCCUCGGCGCCGACGGCCGCCUCGGCCUGGGCCACCAGCUCAACGCGACGCUGCCGGAGAUGGUGCCGCUGCACCAGUUCGUGCGGCAGGCGGCCGCCGGCGCGACGCACAGCGCGUGCUGCGACUCGGCGGGCUGCCUCUACACGUGGGGCGACGGCGCCAAGGGCGCGCUCGGCCACCUCGGGCCGCGGCCGCGCAAGAACAAGAACGACACGGGUUUGGCGUCGAUGCCGUCGUGGGAGUCAGCUUUACGUUUAGGCGAGGCCCUGCAGCACUCGGCGGGCGCCGCGCCCGCGGCCGAGCUGACGCCGCGGCCCGUCGCGGCGCUGCGCCACGUGCGCGUCGUCCAGGUCCAGUGCAACGAGCGCGAGACCGUCGCCCUCGACGGCGACGGCGUCGUCUACGUCGUCGGCCAGGCCUCCGCGCAGGCCGCGGGCGCGUCGCCGACGCUGCCCCGGAAGACGCCCGAGACCUCGCCCCUCGCCGGCAUCGGCCGCGCGCGGGCGCCGUCCUUCGGCGGCGGCGGGCCCAAGCCCGCGGCGUCCUCGAAGCAGAAGUCCGCCGUCGUCGCGCACCGCUUCCACGCGCCGGUCCUCGAGGUCGCGUCGUCGGCGCGCCACGUUGUCGUGCGCACGACCGAGGACACGUACUUCGCCUGGGGCGGCGGCGACGGCGGCGCGGGCUUAGGGGUCGGCGACGCCAAGGGCCGCGCGCGGCCGACGAUGCUGCCGCCGUGGAACUGA